CAGGACGAACCCGAGUGGCCGGAAAUCCCUCGCGAUGAACAACGUGCUGGGACUCGUGGUGAGUGAUGCCACGACAAUUAAUCCUAGGAGCUAGUAUUAUGUGAUGUGUAGCAUGCACGCAUCGUACCUACAUAACAUCGUGUAACACAUUGCAACAUCGGAUCAUAUCGCCACGGGGAUAUAUAAAGGAGGACGGAUGCCCAGACAAACCGUCCUACACACAACAAGGAACCAUCAUCGCACAAAGAACAUAAUAUCUCGAUCUUUCCACACUUACACAAACCUAUCAAAUCAACCAACCUAAUCAAUAAUCUACAUAAUCCUAAUAAACACCAAACCAAACCGCCAAAAUGGUCUCCCUCCGCACCAUCCUAACCAGCGCCCUCGCCGCCAUCUCGCCCCUCGCAUCAGCCUACAUAACCAACGUCGCGGCGCCCGAGAGCGCGAAGGCCGGGUCGACGGUAGCCGCGACGCUGACGGCGUCGAUCUACAUCCAGAACUGGAACGACUACGGCAUCAUCUGGGGCCUCGCGCCCGCGAGCGUCAACUGCGCCGACGUCGUCUGCGUCGGCCAGCAGAUCGCGUACACGAGCCUGUACCCGGACCACGAGCCGCAGCCGGGAACCUUCACCGUCGACGUCCAGGUCCCCGCCACCAUGGCCGCCGGCGACUACCAGUUGAUUGCUGCUAUCCCGUAUCUCGUCGGAGCAUCUGGUGAAGUCGGAAUCCAGGGCCACGCCGCCAACAUCACCAUCACCGCAUAAACAAGCGGCGAUGUGAUGUCUGGGUGUCUGAGCCAUCUUGUCGGGAUUUAGGAGUCGUUUGAAUAUAAUUUCUUAGCAAUUUGCAUGGGAGCUUCUCGGAAAGGGCAAAAUACAUAAAACGGUUCUGCGAAGAAUCAGUUUCAAAAUUGCAUUGGCAUGCGCACAUAGACAUGGAUAUAUGGUGCACGCAUAGGCGUUUAGAAGGGAAAUGGGUCAUUGGAGCGGCGCCUUGAGUUAGUGUCUUGUUAUUAAUGGCAGAAAUAGCAUGAAUUGAAUAUUCCAUG